AUGUCGUCAAUCAGCCUCCGCCUCCGCGCCCUCCAACGCCCACUCACAUCUCAACUGCGCGCCUUUACUACCACACCCAGUCACGCAAAGUUGAUGGACACACCAAAUCCUGCUUCCAACCUUCCGGAUCCUUCUGAAAACUCGUCAGCCGCACCAAACGCGAAGAUGCGUUCGGACACGCAGAACACGGAUCAGCAGUCUAGUGCGUCAAAAGAAGAGCAUAAGAGCGGAGACGACCAUCCGGCAAAACAGCCAGACUACCAGGCGCAGCCGAGUCGGACGACGGGUAUUGGAGGCGAAACAAAAGUUGAGGGAGGGAAAGAGGGACUGGGUGAGAGGGGUGAUAAGCAGUAG